AAGGUAAUCACUCUUUGAAAUCUAUGGUUUGGUACUCCUAAACAAGGUAUUUUUUUUUAAAAAAAAUUACAUAAUCUUUUUAUAAAAAAAAAUGAUUUGUUAAAUGCAUUCCACAUCCCAUCAUACUUUGAGUAAUUUGCUCAAACCCAAGCUUAAACCCCAAACCAAGCAAACACUUUUUUCACUUCCAUUUUCUUCUUCUUCUUCUUCUUCUUCUUCUCCCCUCACAAUUCCUUCUCAAACCCUCCUAACAAAUCCAUUCCCCAUCUUUGUACAUCCACAAAGUUAUUACAUCAACCUCCUAAUCUCACACUCUAAACAAUGCAUUCUAAAUCUUGCCCACCACCCGUUCGACGAAAUGCCCCGCAGAAGCCAAACCAGCCAAACAUGCAAGACAUUGCAUGCCCGGAUGCUGAGACUCGGUCUCCGCUUAUCUGGCAAGCUCGGAAGCGCGCUCGUAGACCUCUACUCCAAGUCCGGCGAUCUGGGUCAUGCGCGGAUCGCCGUGGAUCGAUUGGAGGAGCGAGACGGGUCCGCAUGGAGCUCUGUACUAUCCGGUCGCUCGGUGUGGGGAUCUUCCGAAGAGGUCGUAGGUGACUUCCGGUCCAUCCGGUGCUCGAAUGGUCGGCCCGACCAAUUCGGGCUCGCCGUCGUUCUCUCUGCUUGUGCGAGAUUGGAUGCGUUGAAUUACGGCAGGGCGGUGCACUGUGAUGUUGUAAAAGAUGGGUUUGGUUCUAGCUCCUUCUGUGAGGGCGCUCUUGUCGAUAUGUAUUCUAAGUGUGAUCGAAUUGCCGAUGCUCGGAAAGUGUUCGAUGGUAUUACUCACCCGGACACGAUCUCAUGGACUAACAUGAUCGCGGGUUAUGUUCGCGUCGCGAUGUGUUCUGAAGCACUUGAAUUGUUUUUCAGAAUGGAGAAGAACGGUGGAGUCCCGGACCAAGUCACAUAUGUGACUGUUAUAUCUGCUUGUGUGAGCUCAGGUAAGCUCGACGAUGCGAAAAGUUUGUUCACGAGGAUGAAUUCGCCGAAUACUGUUGCUUAUAAUGCCAUUAUUUCUGGGUACACUCAAAAUGGCCUCGAGGAUGAUGCUCUUGGCUUCUAUAAAGAAAUGAGAAGAAAGGGCCUAAGACCUACUCGAUCGACUCUAGGGAGUGUCCUGAGUGCCGCGGCCAAUCUAACAGCCCUUGAUGGAGGCCGGCAAAUCCAUUCGGAGGCAAUUAGGUUUGGUCUCGAUUCAAAUGUCUACGUAGGAAGUGCUUUAAUCAACAUGUAUGCUAAGUGUAGCCUCAUAGGAGAUGCCCGGAAAUUAUUUUACUUCUUGGAUGAUAAGAAUAUUGUCACGUGGAAUGCGAUGCUUAAUGGCCUCGUUCAGAAUGAACGGCCGGAGCAGGCCAUUGAAUUGUUCUUGGGGAUGCGGCAACUUGAGGUCGAGACCGAUGAGUUCACGCUUGUUAGUUUAUUUGGCUUGUGUGCUUCCUUGGAAAGUUCAGAUUUUGGGAGGCAGCUGCACUGUGCUGUAAUCAAGAGCAAUCUCAGGUCAAAUUUGUAUAUUGGCAAUGCAGUUUUGGAUAUGUAUGCAAAGUGCGGAGAGUUAAAUGAUGCAAAGGCACAGUUUGAACUCAUUCAGAAUAAGGACGGCGUUUCCUGGAAUGCAUUUAUAGUAGGACUAGUCCGCAAUGAGGAAGAAGAGGAAGCACUAAGAAUGUUCAAGAAGAUGAGGUUGGAUGCGGUAGCACCCGAUGAGGUCUCCCUCGCUAGUGUUAUCAGCGCUUGUUCUAAUUUACAGGCUAUCGAGGCAGGAAAGCAGAUUCAGUGCUUGUCGAUCAAGUUCAGCCUUAGUUCGAAUCAAUUUGUCGGUAGUUCCCUUAUCGACUUCUAUUCGAAACUUGGGGAGAUGGGAGCUGCAGAGAAAGUUUAUCUAAGGAUGCACGAAAGGAGCGUAGUCACAAUGAAUGCCUUGACUGCUGGAUAUGUCCAAAACAAUAAUCAAUCCGCUGCGUUUAAUGUGUUUAGACAAAUUCAAGCCAAUGAGUUAGACCCUUCCAGUGUCACCUUUGCGAGUAUUCUUCCUGCUUGUACCGGGCCUUUUGGAUCAAUAAUGGGAAAGCAAGUGCACUGUCGCACGCUUAAAUCUGGUCUUUUGUAUAAUGAUACCUUCUUAGGUGUCUCACUUUUGGGUAUGUAUUUGAAGUCGAAAAUGAUUGAGGAUGCCAAUGAACUUUUUGCGGAGAUGCCACAUACCAAUAGCUUGGUAUUAUGGACGGCUAUUAUUUCAGGACACGCUCAAAAUGGUUGUAGUGAUGAAGCGUUGUCGUUGUUCUGGAAAAUGCGCAGCUGCAACGUUCGAUCAGAUGAAGCCGCUUUUGCUAGUGUUCUAGGAGCUUGUGCCGACUUAGCUUCUAUAACCGAUGGCAAAGAGGUCCAUAGUCUUAUCAUCAAGUCGGGGUUUGCUUCGUACGGAACUGCGAGCAGUGCACUCGUCGACAUGUAUUCAAAGUGUGGGGAUGUGCACUCUUCCUUUAAAGUCUUCGAAAACAUGGAGAAUAAAGAGGACAUCAUCUCAUGGAACUCGAUGAUCGUCGGAUUGGCAAAGAAUGGCUAUGCUCCAGAAGCACUAACGAUGUUCCAAAAGAUGCGAGAAUCAAAUAUAGAGCCUGAUGAUGUAACCUUCCUUGGUGUUCUCACUGCUUGUGCCCAUGCAGGGCUAGUGACGGAAGGUCGUCAUUUCUUCGAUUCCAUGACCGAGAUCUACAGGAUAGCUCCUAGAUUGGAUCAUUACGCUUGCAUGGUCGAUCUCCUCAGCCGUGUCGGUCAUCUUAAAGAAGCUCAGGAUUUUAUCGAGGGAUCGCCCUUUGAGCCCGACAGUGUGAUAUGGGCUACAUUUCUCGCUGCUUGCAGAACGCACAACGAUGAAAUAAGGGGUAAAAUUGCAGCAGAGAAACUCGCUGAGUUGGAGCCGACUAACUCUUCGACUUACAUUUUGCUUUCUAAUUUGUAUGCUUCGUCCGGUAAUUGGUCCGGGGCAAAGAUGGUCCGAGAAGCGAUGAGAGAAAGAGGAGUGAGGAAGUCGCCAGGUUGUAGCUGGAUCACGGUGGGAAAUAAGACGAGCUUAUUCCUCGCGGGAGAUAAAUUCCAUCCGGAUUCUGUCAUUAUCUAUGAGAUCUUGAGUGACUUGAUUGGAGUGAUGAAGCAACAUGAACAUGUAAAUGAGUUACUCUUGCUAGAUGAAGGACUUGGUUGAGCUCUCCUUUUUCAUGCCUCCUUUGCGGUUCGCACUUCGGAAACACUGCAGGUUUAAGUUGGUGACUUCCCCUUAUCGAAGAUGAUACAGAAAUACUAGAUGUUACCAUGACAUAAGAUUAUGAGCCCCCUCGAAUUGAUUCCUCUGUAAAUAGUCUGCUCUUUGCUUGCAUGUCCUUGAAGAAGUGAAUACAUUCAAUCUGGGGUCGGCUUCUCUGUUGUAAGAGGGCGGCUUCGGAAGACGGGUUUUUCUUGUAACGAUCACUUUGUUUUCUCUGUAUUUGGAAUGUUUUAAGAAUUCUGAUGUUGGAUGAGGUGUAAUUAAAUGAGGCAAAAAUAUUUAGUCA